AUGAGCAAUUCAACAGAUCCAUCCGAUUACUGCACGCUGGCCAUUUGUCCACUUAGCGAGGCGCACGUUGAGUACGUGCCUUCACUAGCUGGAAAUGCCUUCUACCUGGCUGUUUUUGCGGUCUUGUUGGUAGCCCAGGUAGUGCUGGGCAUUCGAUAUCGGACCUGGGGCUACCUCGGUGGUUUAUUUGGUGGCUUAGUGCUCGAAAUAAUCGGAUAUGCUGGGCGAUUGCAGAUGCAUUAUAACCCAUUCCUCUUUAAUCCUUACCUUGAAUAUUUGAUCUGCCUCACAAUAGCCCCCGCAUUUAUCAGUGCUUCGAUAUAUAUUUGUCUCGGACGGAUUGUUAUCAUCUAUGGAGAGGACAUUUCGCGCCUUAGUCCUAGGACUUACACUAUUGUCUUCAUCAUCUGUGAUUUGGUUUCAUUGCUACUCCAGGCUUCAGGAGGCGCUGUUACCUCUAUCGCUGAUGCGGACCAGGCUGAUCUCUCCCAAGCUGGUAUUAAUACCAUGAUCGCCGGUCUAUCAAGCCAGGUUGUCUCUCUGGCUAUCUUCAUGGCCCUCUGUCUAGACUUUGCAUGGAAAGUACACAAGAAUCAGCACAAACUCAACCCGGAGAUGGACAUGAUUGUUCUCCGGAAUAGCAUCAAGUGGAAAGCUUUCCUGGCUGGCCUGGCCCUAGCAACGGUUACCAUUUUCGUUCGCUCUGUGUUCCGAGUUGCAGAGCUCCAGGGUGGAUUCCACAGUUCAUUGGCAAACAAUGAGGUUGUCUUCAUGAUCCUGGAGGGAGCUAUGCUCACAAUCGCGCUUUUAUGUCUGACGAUACUUCAUCCUGGUAUAUGUUUCAAUGGUCAAUGGGAUAAUACUAAAUGGUCAUUCCACAAGUCGAAUGACAGUGAGAUGAGUUUGAUGUCUGAGGUCUCGAUGGCUAGGUGA